CAAAUAUAGAUAAGAUAGAAUAGAUACAACCUCCCUCCUCUGUGUUCUGCGCACACAUUACAAAAAAACAAACAAACGAAUAAAUAAACAAACCAAAGCGUGGUCGUUGCUUUUUUUCAAACAUGGCGAACCAUGGUUUCUGAUUUCAAACCUACACGAACACGAAGGAAAACAUGUCCAUUGAAGAAGCUACGAGGAGAAGAGUUACCGUUUUGUCCUCCCAUCUCAACCCGACCCGUUUCACUUAUUCGGAUCCACUCUCCGCUUCGCUUUGUUCAGCCCGUUCGGAUUCCGAUGAUAAUAAUCAGAAUUGUGUCUUUUGCAACAUUGUUCGCGGUCAAUCACCUGCUCUCAAGCUUUAUGAAGAUGACAUGUGCCUGUGCAUAUUGGAUACAAAUCCAUUGAGUCAUGGGCACUCUCUUAUUAUCCCGAAAUCUCAUUACCCUUCAUUGGAUGCUACUCCUCCAUCAGUGGUAGCUGCAAUGAGUUCCAAAGUGCCCUUCAUUAGCAAUGCAAUCAUGAAGGCUACUGGCUGCAAUUCAUUCAACGUGUUAAUUAAUAACGGAGCAGCUGCUGGUCAAGUAAUAUUUCAUACUCAUAUGCACAUAAUUCCUCGCAAAGCGUAUGAUUGCUUGUGGGCUUCUGAGAGUUUGCUAAGGCGUCCACUUAAUUUAGACGAUGAGAAAGUUUCUCAACUUGCAGCAUCUAUUCAAGAACAGUUGUUGGUAUCAGACAUUUGCCAAGAAAGUAAGAAUGAAGAAGAUUUUUGUCCAAGUAAAAGUUAAUAGCGUUAUUGAUCUGUUGUAACAUAAUAUUUUCAUUUAGAGGAAUGUUACAUGCUCAUUAUAAUUUAAACAUUACCCUCAAACUCAAUAAAUGAAUGGUUGGGAUUUUCUUAACCAUUGCUUUUAACUUGGUUCAGAAAUACCUCAACUACUCAUUUGUUGAAUGUAUGUUAUUAGUGCAUACAUCAUUUCUCUUGUAUGUUUUUUGAACAAGCAUUUCUCUUGUAUGUUAACGUGUACAGUCAUUUUUGUAUUUUAUUCCCUAAAUGUUGGAACCAUGCAAAUAUAUUACUCCACAUGUUAGCUACUUAUUGAGCUAAUCA